UCUAAGAUUUUUUAGGAACGCUUUCAAGGAAUACAAAAUCAUUCCGUGCAAUAUGUAAAAUGGGACUAAGUCAGUUACACAAAAGUAUUAUAUGGCCGUACUUUACGGCUGCAAGGGACUUUCCACGCCACAAAAUCAACAGCAAGUUUGAUGUUUUCUCAUAAAUUUAGAUGUGAAUCGAAACAAGCCAGUCCAGAGCGUCUGUACAUAUGUUGCGCGAAAACCCCCCACCGCGCCAAAAGAGUUGGGUGGGACCCACGUACAAAGUAACCAUAAUUAUGCUUGUCAUCGGACAGAUUCAGGUGUCGAUCAUCAUGGAGAUCUCGCCUCUGAAGGAAUUUUUCGGGGAACGCUUCUACCUCAGUCUCGUGCAGUUUGUCAUCAGCUUUCUGUCCAUCCAGCUCUAUGGAUUCUUCUACAACAUCAUCGCCAAAAAGCCCAUGUGGGUGCGGGUAUUGGCGGGCCUCUGGACGUACGAGGUGAACACCAUGUCGAUCAUGAAGCCCGCCAAACGAGCCCCUUAUAUAAGCCUCAUCCUGUCCUUCUUCCUCACCUUCGCCAUGAUGAUCGUCAGUAUAAUAUACGGAAAUAAGGCCGUCAAGCACCAGAGAGGCCUUUUCACUUCCCGGCACAAGGUGAUCCUGUGGAGCGAGCGGAUAUUUGUGCUCACCUGCUUUGGCAUCAUCGUAUGUGCGGAGAUGAAGCGUGUUAUCAUAGAGUUCCCUACCCUGCUAAUAUACACCAUACUCUCGAGCGUGUUCGUUGUAGUCUUUGCCGCUUCCAUGCGAAGGCCGAACUUCUACCGUCAGGAGUCGGACGGGGAUUACAUACUGAUCGGCCAGCUGUACUACCUCAACUUCUUUGCCCUGUACAUGGGCUACGUGUGGACGACUGCCUCGUUUCUAGAACUGAUGGAAUGGAACGCGGACAUUUAUGACAUAUUCGUGCAACUCUUCUAUCGGGAGAACAUCGAAUGAGUGGGACGCAUGCGUGGACUAUCGGAACAGCUGGGACAGAGUGUUUACGCGAGACUAGGCAGUUCCUGCGGCAAUUGGUCAGUGCCUCGAUGUCGAUGGGGCAAGUUUGUCUGGGUGGCGCGACUGCUGUCGUCUUGAUUCGAUUCGGUUUGCCGGAAAAUCGAUAACUGUUUUCUUGGCACGCGCAUCUUAAGCAAAAAACGCUGAAUGUAAAUAAAUGGCUCUGUCCGCGAAUCGUUUCGAU